AUGCGCCAUCAAAUUGGCAAAAAAUGUUUUUCAGAUUCUGUUUUAGCAAAAAAUACUACCUGUAGUAAAACAAAAGCUCGUGAAAUAGCUUCCAAUGUAUUAUCACCAGCAUUUACAAAGUGUUUAGUUGAAGAACUUCAAAUUGUUGAUUAUUUUUCAAUUUGUUCUGAUGCGUCAAAUAAAAUAAAUGAAAAAAAUAUUGCCUAUAAAUUAGAAUUACAAAAGCUUACUUCACUUGGAUCUGAUAAUACAAAUGUAAAUGUUGAUCCUAAACAUAGUGUUUUUUCUUUAUUUAAAGAAUUAAUACCACUUUUGGUACAAGGUAAUUGCUACUGUCACAUCCUUCACAACUCAGUUAAACACGGACAUGAUCAUUUAUUAUUUGAUACACAAGCUGCUAUUUUAAAAAAAUUAUUCACAUUUUUGUCGGUUAUCUAUUCGUUCACAGGAAUUAACCAAAUACUUCGAUCUUGUCGAUCAAGAACAGAAGGUAAUCAAAUAUAUGCAAUCUGA